UCGAUAGGUUCUUUAACAAGUCCACGUCUUCUAGCUGCGGUUUUAAAGAAAAAUUUUAAAUGCCGAGUUAAAGCUGUAUAAAACAUGCAAUUACUCGAAGCACACUGAAUACUAUAGUUACAAACAAAUCAUUCCGUUAAAUAUAAGUGUAAAGUUUCAGCGUUUCGAUGUGGAUCACGGGUCAGUUUGUUUUGCUUCUGCUGGUGGCACUUGUUGCCGCUAAAACGAAAACUUCCGCGGUUCAGGAGGACAUAGUGGAAUACAAGGACUUCAAGAAGUUGCUACGAACCAAGAAUAAUGUUCUGACGCUAUAUGUUGCUAAUGCCAAGGCCGCCGUGGCCGAAUUAAAGGUGUUUCGCGAAGCUGCGGAGGCGGUACGAGGAACUGGAACGAUGUUGCUAUUGGAUUGCGGUCAACCGGAUCGUAAAAAGCUGUGCAAGAAGCUGAAAGUUUCACCUGAUCCCUAUGCCAUUAAGCACUACAAGGAUGGCGAUUUCCACAAGGACUAUGACCGGCAGCUUACUGUCGCCUCCAUGGUUACUUUUAUGCGUGACCCUUCAGGGGAUCUUCCCUGGGAGGAGGAUCCAGCCGGCGAAGAUGUCCUGCACUUCAGCGACGCCGCCACUUUUACAAAGCACCUGCGCAAGGACAUUCGACCCAUGCUAGUCAUGUUUCACGUAACCUGGUGCGGUUUCUGCAAGAAAAUGAAGCCUGAUUACAGCAAGGCGGCCACUGAGUUAAAAACUAAAGGUGGAUAUAUCCUUGCCGCGAUGAAUGUAGAGCGGAUAGAGAACGCUCCCAUACGCAAAAUGUUCAACAUAACGGGAUUUCCCACCUUGAUAUACUUUGAAAACGGAAAGCUGCGCUUAACUUACGAGGGAGAGAACAAUAAGGACGCUCUGGUAUCCUUCAUGCUCAAUCCCAAUGCCAAGCCCACCCCAAAGCCAAAAGAACCCGAUUGGUCGGCAGACACCAAUUCGGAGAUUGUCCAUCUUACUACGCAGGGCUUUGAACCGGCUUUGAAGGACGAGAAGGCCGCCUUGGUCAUGUUUUAUGCGCCAUGGUGUGGACACUGCAAGCGUAUGAAGCCGGAAUAUGAGAAGGCCGCCUUGGAGAUGAAGCAGAAAAAGAUUCCCGGCCUUUUAGCUGCACUAGAUGCCACAAAGGAGCCGUCAAUAGCCGAAAAAUUCAAAGUCAAGGGCUAUCCAACCGUCAAAUUCUUCUCAAACGGCGUCUUCAAGUUUGAGGUGAAUGUGCGCGAGGCAUCGAAAAUAGUGGAAUUUAUGCGAGAUCCCAAGGAACCGCCACCUCCACCUCCGCCGGAGAAGAGCUGGGAGGAAGAGGAAGAUAGCAAGGAGGUGCUCUUCUUAAAUGAUGAAACAUUCAGUUCAACGCUUAAAAGAAAGAAGCACGCACUUGUCAUGUUUUACGCUCCUUGGUGUGGACACUGUAAGCACACUAAACCGGAAUUUACAGCGGCUGCCAAUGCUUUGCAGGAUGAUCCUCGCGUCGCGUUUGUGGCUAUCGAUUGUACGAAGCUCGCGGCUCUUUGCGCGAAGUACAAUGUUCGCGGAUAUCCCACUAUCCUGUAUUUUUCUUACCUCAAAACCAAGCUGGACUACAACGGGGGACGCACCAGCAAGGAUUUCAUUGCCUAUAUGAACAACCCGCCGAGCUCAGCGGACCGCACAGAGCUGUGAUACGCUGUUGCCAAGUGUAACUAUGAUUCUCUCUCACUACUUUCCAAUCUCACCUAUGUAUUAGCUCUAACCGUAUUCGUUUCGUUAACAAUCAGCCUUAAAAGUCGUCUAGACUAUCGAAUAUUAAAUAGAAUAUAUGUGCAUUUUCAAAGUGGAUGUCUUACUAAUAAACUAUGUUACAAAUUAUAGAAUAAUUUCGUUUACCAAUGCUCUUACACAGAUGCCUGUAUUACAAAAAAAAAGUGAAUAUUCAAUUUAAAUAACAUCACAAAAACAAUGUAGAUUACUUUAGUCCCCUGCAAAUACAGCAGAAUAAAAAAAAUUGGCCCAUGAUAAUAAUAGCAACAAGCUUA